AAAACAGAAAAUUAUAAUAAUUUUCAAACAAUAGGAUAAUAGAUGGUAUUGCUCGAAUGAGAUCUUAGAUAUCUUACGUAAUUUUUUGUUUACAAUCACAUCACGAAUCAUUAAUAAUAAUUUUUAAGUUUCCUAUGAAGGCGGAAAAUAUGGAAAAAAAAGGACAGAAUUAAUACAGUUUGUUGAAAAGUCCCUGAAGAAGACAUGAUUCGAAAUCAUUCCGAUGACGAAUUAGCGUGAAGGCUCGUCCACUUUUUGUAAAGACCGACGCCAAUGAGGUAUAAGCAAUUAUUGCGUCAGUUAUCGCGACUCGACGCACAGCGGUGGUGAUUGGUCGCGGCUGCGGAGCGGGAAAUCCCCGUUGAAACCUGCUCGACCGCGGUUGUCCCACUGCAGUCUCGUAUUUGUCUUCUUCGUCAUUCCCCGAGUAAAGACCUCGUGCUCAGUCGUUCGAGAGAAACGUGUGUGGAGGGAUAUCGUUGUCGUUGCCGUCGUCAUCGCCGUCACCACUGCCGCCGCCGCCGCCGCCGUUGCUGCUAUCGUCGUUCGUCGAUAUCGAUAGCAGUCGUAUAACGUCUCGUAUUUUUAGUUAAACAUCUCGGAGCGAUGUGUUCAUCCCGGGCAACAUCGAUGUACUCCGCGUGAAUUGCAACGCACUUUAUGUUUUUAACACAUCUGGUUUUUGUACGUGCGAUUAUCGUCCCGCCAACAUUUGUACUGCGAAACGGCGCUCGAUGCGACGCUGAUAUAGUUCCCGCUGGUAUUAUUUAUAUGACAAAAUUCAGGUGCUAGUGUAUCAGAUUUAAAAAUGGAUUCGUUUAACAAUUAUGGCAGGAGCGAUCUGUCGGAGAUUUAUCCAUCAUACAUUAAUUUACACGAAGAUGAGAAUGACCAUUUACUCUUGGACAUGGAUUCUUUGCUUCCCAGACGAAGCAACUUCUUAGCAAGUCGCGGUUGCGAACUGGAUAAUAAGAAAUGUUUACUCGAUGUUGAAAGAGAGGAGAUCGAUGGCACCGGAUGGUCCGACAAACCUAUCAGAAACUGGUGUCAAGAGGAAACAAUAAAUUGGCUUAUGUCAGCUGCAUCGUAUAUAGGUCAACCUUACAACUCUAUUCAGCACAGCCUCGCCGUGUCUGGGAAGGAGAUCGUUACUUUUACACGACAAGACUUUAUCCAUCACGAUCCUGUAUACGGGGGUCGGUUGUAUGAUCUUCUUCACUCACAACGCACAUCAAAUCUUUUACCACCGUUCGAUACCCUUCAACCACAGUCGGAGGACGAGUAUGCGCGAGUCAGUUCCAACAACAUAUCCGAUGCAGAAUCAGAUAAUAGCAUCGAAAUUGCAACUAAGAGAUUGCCUGGUAGACCAAGGGUAUUAAAAACAAAGAAAAAUCCCGCCAGUCAAGGAAAAUUAUGGGAAUUUAUUCGAGAUUUAUUACGUAAUAGAGAAACAUGUCCAAGUUUAAUCUGUUGGGAAGAUUAUUCGCAAGCCAAAUUUCGCUUUGUAAAAAGCGACGAAGUAGCAAAACGAUGGGGCUCACGAAAAGGAAAUACAAAAAUGACUUAUGAAAAACUUAGUAGAGCUAUGAGGUAUUAUUACAAAAGCAAAAUAUUUCUACCAGUACUUGGUCGAAGAUUGGUGUAUCAAUUUGGACCAAACGCAAAAGGAUGGCAAACAGAUAACCCGAACUUUCGACAUUAAAUAAUAUUAUCAAAAAAGAAUCAAAUUUCUAACGACCAAGUUGACAUUGUGAAGUCAAAUGUUACGUGUUUUUUAACACGACAAAAAACAAUCAUUGUCUAAUAUUCAUUCAUUAUAUGCUCGUUGUAUACUUUAAGCAUUGUUAAAUAUACUUCUCACGCAUACAGCCAAAGAUAACAAUAUAAUAGACCAGAUCUUAAUGAAUAUAAAAUAAAGGAAGAGGAGUGAAAUUUGAAGAAUAAAAAGACAUUCAAUUUCUUUUUCUUUUUGUUUUAAUUUCUAUAUUUUUGUGAAUGAAUAUUUUAUAUUUCUAUCACAUUCAUCUUAAGUUUUACAAAAAUUGAUUAUAUAAUUGUAAUUAUACAGAUUUAAAAAUAUAAUUAAAAAGUGUAUAAAGAAUAGAAAAUGGAUUAUCUAACAGAUAAACAGAUAAUAUGACAAGUAGUUUUAAAAACAAAAUUAAAAAGACACACGCGCAAUUCUUUUGUCCAAAUAAGAAAGUUAUAUAAUUCUUCAAACAAAUACCAUUCCUUACCUAUUGUAUUGUGAUUGUCAUUUGUACAUAUUUGCUAUUUAUAUAUAAGAGAUAAGGCAUUUAAUUGAGAUUAGAGGAUACAUCAUUGUUAACAUUUUUACACAUGUAACAAACUUUUAAAAAUAGUUUAACGAAAAUAAAUUCGUCAUUAUCAUUUAUACAUCUAAAUUUAUAUUACAUGUUUGUAUAAAAACGACAGUCUUUACACAUAUCAUAAAUAAAAUAAAAUUAUUUUUCUUCU